AUGGCUCAUUACCGGGGUAUUCGGAGGUACCUGGACCAUAAAGCUCUGUGUCUCUCCCCAAGAACAACACAGAAAGAUCAGACCAUUCUCCCGGUGUUCCUCAAACUGGGCUGUUUCUGUGGUUGUGGUCUGGUCUGAGAAGAUGUGGUUAUUACUGCUGCUCACUACGUGGUCAACCUGGAACAGAAAUUCCUGAAGAGCCUGGUGGUGACAGUGGGGGAGUGCCACCUCCAGCGGGCAGACAGGCAGGAGCAGAGCAUUGCUGUCUCGUGUGUCAUCAUCCACCCCAGCUGCACUAUGUGGACUAUAUCAGAAAACUGUUCCCUCAAAGGAAUUGCACUUGCUUGUGUUUUGGUAGAUUUUAAAGGAGCGGCUGGGGCCCUGGCUCCUGUCCUGCAGGAGAUGGAGCUGUCCCUCAUGGACAGCCAGACCUGCAGCGUGCUGCUGAGGGGCACGGACCUGCCACGAAGGCAGGGCUCUAUGCUCUGUGCUGUCUUUCCCAACAACAGGGGGGAUGUGUGCAAGCCCCUCUGCUACCAGGUCACCAUUAUAUUUGUUUCCGAUGGGAGCAAUGCUGCCUGUGGCUUCAAGCUCACCUUCAUGGACAUCCAUAAGGACUCUGAAGCAGGGUUGGGCCCUGGGAGUGUCGCGAUGUUAGUGGAAGAAGGGAAGAUUGAUACUGCUAAUUACCCUGGCUUGUACCCCAUGAGCACGAAGUGCCACUGGCUCAUUGAGGCUCCAGCAGAGUAUGUCAUAAAGCUGGAAUGUGAAGACUUUGCAGUGGGACUUAGCCCAGGCUGCAUUUAUGAUGCAGUUAUAUUUACAGUGACCAAGAAAACCAAGGACGCAGGAAGAGAAGAUUCAGGAUUAACAACUGCACCGAUGUUGCCUCUGAAGGAUGUCCCCUUAGACACCUGUGGCCUUUCCCCAGUUACUCCCCUGUGGCUGUUCAAGUGUGUUAGUGGGGCUGAGGAGGCCUGUCCUCAUUGUUGGCCAUGGCACACUGCCCUGAAGCUCCUUGGAGAUUACCAGGGUGAUGGGGCUGUCAUCAGCCCUACGUGGCUGCUGACAGCUGCCCACUGUGUGCAGCUAUCCAAUAAACCCUUGCACUGGACUGUGACAGCAGGAGACCAUGAUAGAGCCCUGAGAGAGUGAACAGAACAGGUGAGACAGAUGAAAACCAUCACGAUGCAUCCCCACUUCGACAUGCUGAGCUAUGACUCCAACAUUGGCCUGAUGCAGCUAGAUGUUCCUCUGGAGUACAACGCUGCUGUGAAGCCAGUGUGUCUGUCCAACAGCACAGACGCAUUAUCCUCCUCUUCCCUCUGCACUGCAUCUGGAUGGGGGAUCAUCGAAGAAGGUGGCUCUUCUGAUUUCGUAUGUUUGCCUAUUAUGAGUAGAACAUACAUUUUGAUCUCUUAUUUUACUCUUCUGCCCAGACCUAACCUUGAAUUUAUUUCCGAAGCAGAUGGGAGCCCAGCUAGGUGGUUGCAGCAGAUACAAGUGCCUGUACCUGAGAAUGAAAUCUGUGAGAGAAAUUACUACUUCAGGCACCCUGGAGGGAUCACAGCCAGGAUGCUUUGCGCUGGCUUUGUUUCUGUGGGAGGCCAGGACUCCGUGUCAGGUGAGGUAAAACUAAAGGGUGGUUUUGGUGGUCCCUUGGUUUGCAGCAAGGAAAAUGGACUGUUUACUCUUUAUGGCAUUGUCAGCUGGACUGUUGACUGUGCCAGCCCAAAGAAACCAGGGGUCAAUUCAAGGGUAAGGAUUUUCCUGGACUGGAUAAGACUGCUGAUGAAAGGAUACAUGGGAAGCACAGAGUGCUCUUGGAUACUCUGACUGUCUCUGAAGGGCAUGGCAAAGAUUAUAGUAAAGCAUCUGUCAAUAACAUCAUCACUGACCUGCCAAGAGGGGUUUCUUGGGAUUUAUGAAGAGAGCCAGAGAGGAAGAAAAGUGCUAGGGGGGUUUAGACUGAAAAAAUGUUACUUGUUUUCCUUCUUCCUUGCCCAGUGCUCAGACAGAACAGUUCUGGGGAAAAAUAACUUGUUGCCAAAUGUGAAGGAUGACAACCCCAUGCUUGUGAAAGCCGUUCGUGCACACUAUGGCUUUGGUGGGUUUCCUUUCAGAAAUGACCUGGCACUCCUGGAGCUGCAGAAACCCAUUGAGCCAG